AAGGCAUCUUUGGGCAGGUGCAUGUUAAGCUAGACGCAGCAAAACACACCUCAGACUUUGAUCAGAACUUGCUGGAGACAGCUGAUACAGGGGAGUCACAAGUUUUCUGUCAGUUCAGAGAAGAGUGGAUACAAAGGACAGUUAGUGAUGGCAGCAACACAGUGGCCAUUUCUGGCUGCUGUGCUGCUCCUGCUCUCCUCGGGUCUCCACUGCUCGUCUUCUUUACCUACAUGUCCGCAGUCCUGCAACUGUCGGAAAGCUACACUGCUGAACUGUUCCUCAUCGGGCCUUUCCUCAGUGCCGCAACUCAUCCAAGACUCUGUCACUGAGCUGGACUUGUCUCACAACCUCCUCGACUCUGUAACACUCCACCGGCCACAUCGUAACCUCAGGAAUGUACGGCUGGGAAACAACACUAUCGCACACUUGUCCCUCUGCAUAGACAGAAACCUCGAUGGAAAAUAUCUCAGAGGUAGACGUGGCUUGAGACCUUGGAGCAGAGGCCGAUGCGUUCCUUGGGCCCCCACCUUACAGCUGCUAUCUGUUGAGAGGAAUCUGCUAGAGCAGCUCCCAGAGGGGCUGGAAGGUGUCGGGUCCUUGCAGGUUCUGCAGCUCUCCUUUAACAGGAUCUCAACUCUGCGACCAGAAGACCUCAGUCACCUUAAUCAGCUGAAGGAGCUGGACUUGAAACAUAAUCUCAUCACAAGUCUACAUCCACAGAUGUUCCAGGGCUUAGUCCAGCUGAAGGUCCUUGAUCUGAGCUUCAACAUGUUGACCAGCCUGAAUCCUUUGAUGUACUUCACUCUGCGCAACAUUGGAGUGGAUGUUGGGCUGGGUGGAAACAGGUGGAAGUGUGACUGCCGCAUGCGCAGCCUGAGAAGGCGAAUGGCUUAUGACAGCAGCAGAGGCCUGCAGAUAUGGAAGAUGGUUUGUGCUUUCCCCUCCGCCCUCUCAGGCAGAGACCUGCUACAGCUGGAGGAGGAUGACCUAAACUGUUUCAGUACUGAAAUCAUCCCAGAGAUCCACCAGGACGUGACAGUCUACAGCGGCUCUGAGAUUCUGCUGUCUUGCUCUGCAGAAGACUCAGUGUGGUGGACACCCAACGGUCAAGCGUCUGUGAGCCGCCCUCAGGCUGGUCUGCUCAUCAGUGACAUUACAGAGAGAGACACAGGACUGUAUGUGUGUGUGUCUGAAGAAAACCAGGUUGUGUCUGUUUUUAACCUCCAAAUCAGUCAAAUAGGCGGUGCAAAGAGAAAACCUAGAAGUGUACCCAAUAUUAGCAGACAAAUAAUCCCACAAGGCCUAAACAGGAUAGGUGAAUUGCGAAAUCAGACCACGACACAGUCUGACUUGGCUCUGGCUGUGUGUCUGUCCAUUUUAUUCACAUUUCUGAUUGCUUUUAUCCUUGGAGUGCUAGCAAGACCUUGCAUUGAUGUUCUUUGGAAAAGGGUCACCACCAAGAAAAGAUCUACUGAAACACAUGUUGUUUCAUCUGUUGAACAAAGGCAAUAUGACAAUGAGGCCUACUCUGUUGGUGAGGAGCAAGAGGCAGUAGAACAUUUCAGGGAAAGGAGAGUCACAUUUAGCGAUGUAGACCAUAGAGAAGAGAACAAUGUACAGUAUUAUGAUACUGUAGCCAGUGGCGAUCAAGAAAGUAUCGAUAACGAUGAAGUGUUUGAUGGCGAAGCAGCUGAGGCUAAGAGGGCCAAACGUACUGCAGGAGAUUCAGGAAGUGACAGUAGCUCACUACAAAGCAAUCAAGGGGAUGAACAGAACAAUGGCAGAGAUCUCUCUGGUAAAGCUAGUGCAGGCCAAACACAUAACAUGGAGUUUGAACAAAUCCCAGAGUCUAGUGAGCUGGAGAAGAGGAGAACAAUGUCUUCAAGCUCAGAUUCUUCCCAGUCUGAAAAUGAAGUUGACCACACAACACCCAAGUCUCCUCAAGUAGCGUUGGACUCUCUGCAGCAGAAAUCUGAUUUGCCUACAACUGGAAAAGUAGAGGUGCCACAAAUUUCCAUAGAGGCCAGAAGUGAAAUUCAUGGAUUUUCUUCAGAGCCCUUUUCAGACUGGUCACCAUAUAAAAAUUCAACAGACCAUGCUGUUUUGCAGGAGAAUGAAGACCUAUUUGAAUUUAGUGACUCUACCAGGUCCAGCAGUGCGUUUGACUCUUUUAAUGAUUCAAAACUGCCUGUGGCAGCUACUUCGGAUAAAAAGAAAAGCGAUGACACGUCCUCCUCCAGCUCCAGCUCACAUGUCAGUGAGGAUGAGCAUUAUACUGUGAACUCAGAUAAUAAAAAGGGUGAUUACAGACAUGACACAAAAAGGCCUGCACCGAGACCAGGCCACUCCUUUUCCUCUGACUCCAGUGACAGUGACGAUGAACCAGUGCAGAGCACAGUAAAACUGGCAGGAAAGGAAAAAUUAAUUCAUGAAAAUGACAAGUUAAGCAGCCAGACAGUUACAGGAGAGAAAGAUGUCAGUGAGAAAAUUAAACCUAUGCCACGGACAAAGUGGCGUAGUGUCGGUUUGGCUGUUGCCAGUGUUAGUAAGGGUGUGGCUCCUUCACCACCUGCAAGACAUUCAUCCACUUCCAGUAGUGACAAUGAAGCACAAAUCACAGUCCUCAAAGGAAAACAGAAUAAAGGCACAGUAAGCCAAAAGAAGGUGACUUUGAAUAACAGUGCUCCAUCACCAUCUUCUGGUUCAUCUUCUAGUAGUGACAGUGAGGAAGAAACAACAAAACACAUAAGGAAACAGGAGCAAGGGGAUGUAUACAUGUCAAGGCCUCCAAUAAAAGUAUCUCGAACAGUGAGUCGUGAGCAAGAAACACAAAGGCCUGCUGUUGAUUUUGAGCACACUACAUCUAUCAAGAGACACCCAGAUAUCAAAGCACCAUCCAUAUCUUCUGACUCAUCUUCUAGCAGUGACAGUGAGGAUGAAACAACAGGCCAAACAAAGAAGCAAAGGGAUAUACAUGUGACACAGCUUCCACUGAAGGGAUCUCAAACAGGAAGUCAUGAGCCAGAAACAAAGAGACCUGCACUUGAUCUUGAGUAUACCACAUCCAUUAAGAGGCAAGUAGAUAUCCAAGCACCAUCAGCACCUUCUGAUUCAUCUUCUAGCAGUGACAGUGAAGAUGAAACAAAAGGCCAAACAGAGAAGCGAAGGCCAGGAAAGUUCGACACUCCACAGCUCACAUUCCAAGGAUCUCAAACAAAAAGUCCAGAUGCAAGGUGGCCCACUCUAGAUCUUCAGCAUAUUCCUCGCAUCAAAAGACGUCUUGAUAUCAAGGUACCAUCCCAAACUUCUGACUCAUCUUCUAGUAGUGAUAGUGAGGAGGAAACAAAAAAAUUCAUAAAGAAACAGGAACCCGGGAAUGUACACAUGCCAAGGUUUCCAAUUAAAGUACCUCAAACAGUGAGUCAUGAGCCAGGAACAAAGAGGCCUGCCGUUGAUCAUCAGCACACUACAUCAAUCAAGAGGCAUCCAGGCACCAAAGCACAAUCGGCAUCUUCUGACUCAUCUUCUAGCAGUGACAGUGAGGAUGACACAACAGGCCACAGAGAGAAGGAGAGGCCAGGAAAGUUGAAUACUGCAGGGUUGUUGUUGCAAAAACCUCAAACAAAAAGUCCUGAUCCAAAUGCAAAGUGGCCUACUCUAGAUCUUCUGCGUGUCCCUCGCCUCAAGAGGCGUCUAGAUAUCAAGGCACCAUCAGCAGCUUCUGACUCAUCUUCUAGUAGUGACAGCGGGGAGGAAACAACAAAAUCUAUAAAGAAACAGGAACAAGAGAAUGUACACAUACCAACGCCUCCGAUUAAAGUAUCUCACACACUGAGCCAUGACCCAGGAACACAGCGGACUCUUCUUGAUCUUGAGCAUACUACAUCCAUCAAGAAGCGUCCACUUAUUAAAGCACCAUCGGCAUCUUCUGACUCAUCUACUAGCAGUGACAGUGAGGAUGAAACAACAGGGCACAUGGAGAAGCAGAGGCCAGGAAAGUUGAAUACUGCAGAGAUGUUGUUGAAAAAACCUCAAACAAAAAGUCCUGAUCCAAAUGAAAAGUGGCCUACUCUAGAUCUUCACCGCAUUCCUCGCCUCAAGAGGCGUCUAGAUAUCAAGGCACCAUCAGCAGCUUCUGACUCAUCUUCUAGUAGUGACAGUGAGGAGGACACAAAAUCCAUAAAGAAACAGCAACAAGGGGAGCUACACAUGUCAAGGCCUUCAGUUAAAGUAUCUCAAACACUGAGCCGUGACCCAGGAACACACCAGACUCUUCUUGAUCUUGAGCAUACUACACCUAUCAAGAAGCGCCCACUUAUUAAAGCACCAUCAGCAUCUUCUGACUCAUCUUCUAGUAGUGACAGUGAGGUGGAAACAACAAAAUCCACAGGGGAACAGGAACAAGGAAAGCUACAUAUGUCAAGGCCUUCAAUCAAAGUAUCUCCAACAGUGAGUCGUGACCCAAGAACACAGAGGCCUCUCCUUGAUCUUGAUCAUACUACACCCAUCAAAAGGCAUCCAGAUAUCAAAGUACCAUCAGCAUCUUCUGACUCAUCUUCUAGUAGUGACAGUGAUGAUGAAACGGGCCACAUGGAAAAGCAGAGAUCAGGAAAGUUGAUCACUACUGGACUCCCAUUGCAAGGAUCCCAAACAAAACCUCAUGAUCCAGAUGCAAAAUGGCCUGGUCUAGACCUUCGGCACAUUCCUCGCCUCAAGAGGCGUCUAGACAUCAAAGCCCCAUCACCUGCUUCCCAUUCAUCUUCUAGUAGUGACAGCGAGGAGGAAAGAACGAAAUCUAUAAAGAACAAUGGGGAGCUACACAUGUCAAGGCCUUCAGUUAAAGUAUCUCAAACUGUGAGUCGUAACCCAGGAACACAGAGGCCUCUCCUUGAUCUUGAAUAUACUGCACCAACCAAGAGGCAUCCAGAUAUCAAAGAACCAUCACCAGCUUCUGACUCAUCUUCUAGUAGUGACAGUGAUGAUGAAACAGGCCACAUGGAAAAGCAGAGAUCAGGAAAGUUGAUCACUACUGGACUCCCAUUGCAAGGAUCCCAAACAAAACCUCAUGAUCCAGAUGCAAAAUGGCCUGGUCUAGACCUUCGGCACAUUCCUCGCCUCAAGAGGCGUCUAGACAUCAAAGCUCCAUCACCUGCUUCCCAUUCAUCUUCUAGUAGUGACAGCGAGGAGGAAAGAACGAAAUCUAUAAAGAACAGUGGGGAGCUACACAUGUCAAGGCCUUCAGUUAAAGUAUCUCAAACUGUGAGUCGUAACCCAGGAACACAGAGGCCUCUCCUUGAUCUUGAAUAUACUGCACCAACCAAGAGGCAUCCAGAUAUCAAAGAACCAUCACCAGCUUCUGACUCAUCUUCUAGUAGUGACAGUGAUGAUGAAACUACAACACACAUCCAGAAACCGGAGCAAGGUAAUAUACUUCCAUCAAGAUCUCCAAACAAAGUAUCUCCAACAGUAAGUCAUGAGCCAGAAACACGAUGGCCUCUCCUUGAUCUUGAACGUACUACAUCAGUAAAGCAGCGCCUUGAUAUCAAACCAUUAUCAGCAGCUUCUGAUUCAUCUUCUAGCAGUGACAGUGAGGAUGAAACAACCAAACAUAUGAAAAAGCAGGAGCAACAACCUCCAGUUAAAUUAUCGCAAACAUUAAGUCUUAAGCCAGAAACACACAGGCCUGCCAUUAAUCUUGAGCAUACUACAUCCAUGAAGAAACAACUAGAUGUUAAAGCACCAUCAGCAUCUUCUGACUCAUCUUCUAGUAGUGACAGUGAUGAUGAAACAAGCCACACAGAGAAGCAGAUGCCAGGAAAGUUGAUCACUACUGGACUCCCAUUGCAAGGAUCCCAAACAAAACCUCAUGAUCCAGAUGCAAAAUGGCCUGGUCUAGACCUUCGGCACAUUCCUCGCCUCAAGAGGCGUCUAGACAUCAAAGCCCCAUCACAUGCUUCCCAUUCAUCUUCUAGUAGUGACAGCGAGGAGGAAAGAACGAAAUCUAUAAAGAACAAUGGGGAGCUACACAUGUCAAGGCCUUCAGUUAAAGUAUCUCAAACUGUGAGUCGUAACCCAGGAACACAGAGGCCUCUCCUUGAUCUUGAAUAUACUGCACCAACCAAGAGGCAUCCAGAUAUCAAAGAACCAUCACCAGCUUCUGACUCAUCUUCUAGUAGUGACAGUGAUGAUGAAACUACAACACACAUCCAGAAACCGGAGCAAGGUAAUAUACUUCCAUCAAGCCCUCCAAACAAAGUAUCUCCAACAGUAAGUCAUGAGCCAGAAACACGAUGGCCUCUCCUUGAUCUUGAACGUACUACAUCAGUAAAGCGACGCCUUGACAUCAAACCACUAUCAGCAGCUUCUGAUUCAUCUUCUAGCAGUGACAGUGAUGAUGAAACGAGCCACAUGGAGAAGCAGAGACCAGGAAAGUUGAUCAUGACUGGACUCCCAUUGCAAGGAUUCCAAAGAAAAAGUCAUGAUCCAGAUGCAAAGUGGCCCAGUCUAGACCUUUGGCACAUUCCUCGCCUCAAGAGGCGUCUAGACAUCAAAGCCCCAUCACCUGCUUCCGAUUCAUCUUCUAGUAGUGACAGCGAGGAGGAAACAACAAAAUCUAUAAAGAACCAUGGGGAGCUACACAUGUCAAGGCCUUCAAUUAAAGUAUCUCAAACUGUGAGUCGUAACCCAGGAACACAGAGGCCUCUCCUUGAUUUUGAAUAUACUACACCAAUCAAGAGGCAUCCAGAUAUCAAAGAACCAUCACCAGCUUCUGACUCAUCUUCUAGUAGUGACAGUGAGGAUGAAACUACAACACACAUCAAGAAACCGGAGCAAGGUAAUAUACUUCCAUCAAGACCUCCAAACAAAGUAUCUCCAACAGUAAUUCAUGAGCCAGAAACACGAUGGCCUCUCAUUGAUCUUGAACGUACUACAUCAGCAAAGCGACGCCUUGACAUCAAACCACUAUCAGCAGCUUCUGAUUCAUCUUCUAGCAGUGACAGUGAUGAUGAAACAACCAAACAUAUGAAAAAGCAGGAGCAACAACCUCCAGUUAAAGUAUCUCAGACAGUAAGUCUUAAGCCAGAAACACAGAGGCCUGCCAUUAAUCUUGAGCAUACUACAUCCAUGAAGAAACAACUAGAUGUUAAAGCACCAUCAGCAUCUUCUGACUCAUCUUCUACCAGUGACAGUGAUGAAACGGGCCACAUGGAGAUGCAGAGACCAGGAAAGUUGAUCACUACUGGACUCUCAUUGCAAGGAUCCCAAACAAAACGUCAUGAUUCAGAUGCAAAGUGGUCUGGUCUAGACCUUCGGCACAUUCCUCGCCUCAAGAGGCGUCUAGACAUCAAAGCCCCAUCGCCUGCUUUCCAUUCAUCUUCGAGUAGUGACAGCGAGGAGGAAACAACAAAAUCCAUAAAGAAACAGCAACAAGGGGAGCUACACAUGUCAAGGCCUUCAGUUAAAGUAUCUCAAACUGUGAGUGGUGACCCAGGAACACAGAGGCCUCUUCUUAAUCUUGAACAUACUUCACCCAUUAAGAGGCAUCCAGAUAUCAAAGCUCCAUCACCAGCUUCUGACUCAUCUUCUAGUAGUGACAGUGAGGAUGAAACUACAACAAGCACAAUGAAGAAAGGGGAUGUACAUGUGGCACAGCUUCCAAGUAAAAUGUCUCAAACAGCAAGUCAUAAGCCAGAAACAAGAUGGCCUCUUCUUGAUCUUGAGCAUACUACAUCCAUAAAGAGGCGUCUUGAUAUCAAAACAGUACCUUCUGGUUCAUCUUCUAGUAAUGACAGUGGAGGGGAACAAACAACAACAUACAUCAAGAAACAGAACCAAGUGGAGCUACAUUUAUCAAGGCUUCCAAUUGAAAUAUCUCAAACUGUAAAUCAGAAGCCAGAAAGUCGACAGCCAGCCAUUUCUCUUGAGCAUACUGCAAGUAUUAAGACACGCCAAGAUGUCAAUGCUCCAUCAGCAGAUUCUGAUUCAUCUUCUAGCAGUGAUAGUGAGAAUGAAACAACAGGCCACACAGAGAAGCAGAGGCCAGGAAAAUUGGACAUUGCAGGGCUCCCGUUUAGACAAUCUCCAUCAGUAGAUCUUGGAAACAUUACUCACAAGAAGCAGUUAGACAUCAAAGCCCUACCAACACAACCAGAUCUGGGUCUCAAAAGUGUAUCUUUGGGCUCUCGAAAGUCUGAAUCAAGCUCCUCCACAAGUGACAGUGAGGAUGAGAAAAGAGAUCACAAAGCUAAAGUAGGAGCAGGAGUAUCUGUCACAUCAAGGGUCCCAGAAAAGGACUUAAUGAGCUUUCCAAAAACUCCAUUGAGAAACAUUUUUCACAGUCCAAAAACAGAACAUAACAUCAAAUUAAUAAAGUACACAGUUGUUCCAGAUGAUGGGGGAAACAAACCAACAAAUGACAGCAUCCACAAAACACCAGAGAUAAGCUCUGAGCUUCAAUCACGUUGGGCCACGAUGAAUCUUGGCUUAUCCCGCUCCAGAAAACGCCUGGAAAGCACAUCGCAGAAACAGAAAUCAUCUGAUCUGCCCUCAUCACCUCCUCCUGACUCCCCCUCUUAUAGCGGUGAAAGUGGUCCUGGCAGUCCAAUCAGUAGAACAAGACUUAAGAGAGAGGAUGUCGGGAUCACACUCACAGGUUCAUCUCUGAUCCAUGACAACAAACUAGUGAAUGCUUCUCUCACAAUGAAGGAUCAGUCAGAUACAAUGUUUGGUUUUGGUGCUCCAGAUAAUACAAAGCAUCUGGAUAUCAGGGGCAGUGAAAAGGCUCCUGCAACAGCUUCACAACAACAACCUGAUUCCUCUUCCAGCAGUGACACAGAGGAUGAGAGGGUAGACCACAAAGCUUCUGACCUGAGUUUCGGCAUCCCGCGCAUUCAUAGGCAUCUGAAUAUCAAGGCACCAUCACCAGAACCAAGUAGUUCCUCAUCUUCCAGCAGCGAGAGUGAAAAAGAGGUGCAAAAAUACAGUGAUAAGCAAAGCAGAUAUGCAUUAAAGACGACAGACAGUGAUUCUGCUAUCACUUACAAGCGUGCAAUUAUCAAAACUUCAUCACUUCCUGGCAACUCUUUGUCCCCCAGUGGCAAGAGUCAAAGUGUAGACCAUGCAAAUGCACCUACUUCCCCAAGAACAGCUCCCAGUAUGAGCUUUGAUGAUAUGGUAAAGAGUAGGAUCCAACAGUCCAAACGCAAAACAGACUUAGACCUUCCACCGAAGUUAACAUGGCCUGGCGUUGGUCAUCACCCGUCUGACCUUUCUAUCUCCACUCCAAAUCUGAAUACUGCUUCUAUACAGCCAGCUUCACUUGCAGAGCCAAAACCUCCUCCAGCCUACACCUCCAGCAUUAAAAGUGACAUUAAAAUAAAGCAAGACAGUGGGAAAUCAGAUGUCACAAUAGUGCACAAACACUCAUCUCUUCGUGCCGAUCCUGUUUCUCCUACAUCCAGGGGUGCUCUUCACAAGCUCAUGAACUUACCAAGCAACACAUAUGAGACUCCAAGGGCUGUAACUGAGGACACGAGGGAAAGGAAAGGCCUUAAAGCCCUAAAAAACAUGGCUUUGGAAAGACAAAAGUGGGAAGCAGAAGACUUAAAUAGGGGACCAUUCUCUUUAUUUGAUGGCAGCAUUCAACCAAGUGAUACCAGCUUUGACUAUCGCGGGUCUGAGGCAGACAUCAAAGUUCUGUCCAAACAGCCUCUCACACAUCUUCCCUCUGCCUCAAUCAUUGAGAGAAGAGCUACAGAUUUGUCGUAUGAAGUUCCCCACUACAGGAGUCACAAUGUUAGGGAGCCAUCACACGCAAUUCCACCUGCUAUCCCGGCAACACCACCACCACCAUAUGAAGCAGCAGGGCUUACAUGGAGACCUCCACAGAACACUCAGAAACAAGUGUGGGAAGGGAAGAUAUCCCAUCAGCAACAGAGAAAAAGCUCAGAGGGAUCUGACACAUCAUCAGAAAACUCAAAUUCACUCAAUUUUGACUACUCAAACGCAAUCAGUCAUGUUUAGUGAAUACUACAGUAUGUCCUAAACAUUUACAAGCAAGUGAUUAUCAUAAAUUUUUGACUUUAAAUUGACAAGUGAAUUACUCAAAUAUUGUGGAUUAUAUUCUAUUUCACAAGUAUCACACUUGAAACGCAAUGUAAACUGGAAAAAUUUAUUGUGUGGAACUGCUGAAGAGCACAUUUGAACGCACCAAGUUUAUCUUUCAUAUAUAUAUAUAUAUAUAUAUAUAUAUAUAUAUAUAUAUA